AUGGAAAACCAUCAGCACGGAAGAGAGGCCAUGGCAGCCGCCAACCGCGAGUUCUGGAACACUCACGGAAACAAGAUAUUUGGCUCGCAAUGGACGCUGAACCUCGCCAAGAAGAUCGGUGAUGCCCUCGCCAGUAAUGUCGAGUGGAUGGGCAUUCGUCGUCGAUCCGACAGUGGCCCUCCGGUGAAGCUUCUCGACUAUGCUUGUGGCUACGGUAUGGUGUCGAGCGCGCUUCUGGGACAAUUUGACGUCAUUAAAGGGAUCGACAUCUCCGAUGCUAGUGUGGCAGCCUACAACGAGAUGGCUCAGCAAUCGGGUGUUCCCCCUGGCGUCAUGGUUGCCGUCCAGGGCUCCAUACCCUCCAUAUCGACGAACCCCGUGCUGGCCACGGAAGAGUUUUUCGACUUCGAUGCAAUCGCAAUAAGCAUGGCCCUUCACCACAUGGAUGACCGUGCCGGCGUUAUAUCCGGCCUCUACGAGCGACUGCGCAGCGGUGGUGUCUUGGUCGUCGUUGACCUGGCACCAGAGGCUGACGCCCACGAUCAUUCCCACGACCACUCUCAUAGCCACACUGGCUGUACUUCGGGUGGCCAUUCCCAUGGCACAGUUUCGUCUCAGCCCACAAUCUCUAAACAUGGGGGAUUUGAGCCUGAAGACAUGAAGGCUCUUCUGACCGAAGCCGGUUUCACCCCUGAAAGCUUUGACUACAAGUUAUACCCCGAGACCACGCCGCAUGUGUCCAAUGUCCCGCAGCAUGGUACUUGCCAGACACCCAAAUUGAAACCAUUCUUCAUUGCCAAGGGGGUGAAGCAAUAG